AUGUCUUUAUUCAGGAACCUGAGCCUCACCGCCUUCGCCGCGACGGUCUCUGCCCUCCCCCAGGGCUUCAGAAGCACCCCAGCAGCCACCUCCACCGCCAGCGCAACUACCUCGGGCUCAGCCUCAGCCUCCGCAACCGCAACCAGCGGCAGCGGCAUCAACAUCGUCAACAACCUUUCCCAAACCGUCUACCUCUGGUCGACAUCCGACACAACCAAUAACAUGCAAACCAUCACCCCGGGCGGCGGCAUCUACACCGAGAAGUGGCGCACCAACUCCGACGGCGGCGGCAUCUCGAUCAAGAUGGCCACCUCCGACUCGGAGGAAAGCGUCCUGCAAUUCGAGUACACCAAGAGCGCCGACACGCUCUGGUGGGAUCUUUCUUGCAUCAACCUGGACUCGGACUCGCUGUUCAUUUCGUCCGGGUUUGACGUUACGACCGAUGACUCUAGCUGCUCGUCUGCCACUUGUGCGGUGGGUGAUACUGAUUGUGCGAAUGCGUAUCAGCAGUCGGAUGAUGUGGAUACUUUUAGCUGUUCGACUUCCGCGGCUUUCACGCUUAACCUUGGUUAA